AUGUUUAGACUUGUUAAAAAAAUACAAAAGGCCAAACGAGUAAUCAAGAAAUGGUCCUUAGAGGAAUGGAAUGGAGAAUGGGAUCAGUUUGAAAAGGAUAUCUUGGAAGCGCAACUCAUUCUAGAAAAUGAAGGAAAGGAGGAGGAAUUUAUUAAAGCCAGCAAGCGGUUAGAGGAAUACUCCAGGAAUUUGGCUACUUAUUGGAGGCAGAGAGCGAAGAUUAAUUGGGAUUAUGCAGGGGACACGUGCUCUCGAUAUUUUUUCAACUUUGUUAAAGGAAGAAGGGCUCGUAAUAAGCUAGAGGCAAUCAAAGACGAGCAGGGGGCUUGGGUUACAGGGGAGCAGGACAUAGCGAACAUAGCUGGAAGCUACUUCAAGGAUUUAUAUGGGUGUAACUCCUCAAUUCACUCACAAGACACGCAGCAGAGGAGUUUAGAAAUUCAACAAGUGCUAAGGGGUAUUAAGACCACGCUCACAGAAGACCAAAGGGAUCUCCUGUCCAAACCUUACACAAGAAGUGAAGUGAGAGAUGCGCUUUUCGCUAUGAAACCGUGGAAAGCACCCGGGCCGGAUGGUGUACCAGCAGGCUUUGGAUGCAAGAUGACAUCACUGAGGCUGUGUUGUCCAGCCUCACAUCAGGUAACAUCCUUCGCCAAGUAA